AUGGCCGUUUCUCUUCUCCUUCGCCCGCAAUUCCCCGCCUAUACAUGCCGCUCAUGUCUCCUGCGAAUAUCACGAGGCUCACGGCGCCAGAUUAGCUCAAAGGCACCGAAGGACCAGAAGAGUAAAACAGCCUUGCCAUCGUUUCCUGCACGGACGCGCUUCGCACCAUCACCAACCGGCUACCUGCACCUAGGAUCACUACGCACUGCGCUAUUCAAUUACCUCCUUGCCAAGCGCACAGGCGGACAGUUUCUUCUCCGGAUAGAAGAUACGGACCAGAAGCGCACAGUUCUCGACGCCGAGCAGCGACUCUUUGACGAUUUGCGAUGGGCGGGGCUACAGUGGGAUGAGGGGCCACAAGUGGGAGGACCAUACGGGCCAUACAAACAGUCAGAGAGGAGCGAAUUGUAUAGAAAGCAUGCGCACGACUUGCUAGAUUCGGGCAAUGCAUACCGCUGUUUCUGUUCAGCAGAGCGCUUAAAUGCGCUGGCCCAACACAGACAUAAGCUGGGGAUAGCCACUGACUACGACCGUACAUGCGCCCCGAUAUCCAAGGAAGAGAGCGACGACCGAGCCUCAAAGGGAGAAGCGUAUACUAUACGCCUCAAAGUGCCUGAACAAUACCCAACUUAUAAGGACCUCAUAUUCGGCACCUUCCACCCCCUCAAGCGACGCGGCCAUGUCACCGAAACCGCCUACGAAGACCCCAUUCUCCUCAAGUCAGACGGCCUGCCCACAUACCACCUCGCCAACGUCGUCGACGAUCACCUCAUGAAAAUCACGCACGUCAUCCGCGGCAGCGAAUGGAUGCCCAGCACCCCCAAACACAUCGCCAUGUACGAAGCCUUUGGCUGGGACCCUCCAGAAUUCGCCCACGUCGGCCUCCUCGUCGACGAGCACGGCAACAAGCUCAGCAAGCGUAACUUCGACACCGACAUCGCCGCCUUCAAAGAAAUGCAAAUCUUCCCCGAAACCCUCACAAACUUCGCCGCCCUGCUGGGCUGGAGCCACAAAGAAAAAACCGACGUAAUGGAUCUCGAAGCCCUCAUCAAGAACUUCUCCCUGAAAUUCACAAAGGGAAACACCACAGUUACAUUUGGUAAAUUGCAUUUCCUCCAGCGCAAACACGCCCUCCUCCGCGCCCAAACCGGCGGCCCGGGCCUCGAUGAAAUCGUAAACAAUAUCGCCACUCUACUCACAAGCCCCGAUUCCCCCUACAGCAACUGGAAAGCCAUCGUCAACUCUCCUCUUCCCCACGACUAUAUAAAACGCAUUGUGCGAGUCGACGCGGAAAACUACACAAACGCAAACGAAUUCCUCUACCGCAACUCCUUCUUCUUCACGCUUCUACGACCGUUUCAGAAUGCGCCGCCCGUAGCUACGUCCUCGGAUAUCCCGAUGCGCGCGCAGAUGCUGGCGCAGGUCGAGGAGAAGGACUGGGAUAAGGAGCAUUUGAUGCAGAAAGUGCGCGAGAUUAUUGAUGGGAGGGAGGAAGGCAAGAAGGGGAGUAAGGAUGUAUAUCAUUAUUUGAGGAAGACGAUUACGGGGCAGGGGGAAGGGAUGCGGAUUUAUGAUGUCAUGGUCAUCCUGGGUCGGAGGGAGACGCUGGCGAGGUUGGGGUGCUGA